AUGGAGCCAAAUGGUGCUUCUAAUGUGGCGCCAUCAGCUGCUCCGUCUGCGACAGACUUGAUUCUGCAGCAGAGGACAGGGACACCUCCGUUAGGACAGGCGACAGUACAGCAGGCGAUACAGAAGGGAGAUGGCAGCCUGUGGUCGCAAGUCACGAGUAAUCCCUUGUUCACGGCUGGUUUCGGCCUCGGAGCUCUGGGCGCAGGUUUGACAUUUGCGCAGAGGGGAGUCCGCCAUGGAGCAGCUCUGUUGCGCCGCCGGAUGCUGGUGGACGUGGAGAUCAGCAUCAAGGACGAUUCAUACCCAUGGUUUCUCCACUGGAUGACACUAUACCAACAAUCGCAGCUCAAUACCACCCGCGCGGCCGCAAAUAGCACCGGCUUCGUCGACCGCCUCCUCCACAAAAUGACCCCCGGCAUGCGCCACCUCUCCAUUCAGACAUCGAAGGUGGAACACUCGAAUGGAGCUAUUCAUACGCAUUUCUCGCUGGUCCCAGGACCUGGAAAGCAUAUCCUUCGCUAUAAGAACGCGUUUGUCUUCGUGAACCGAGUGCGAGAAUCCAAGUCCCGUGACAUUCAAACUGGAAAGCCUUGGGAGACCAUAACCCUGACUACCCUUUACUCUCAACGACACAUCUUCGAGGAUCUCUUUAAGGAAGCUCAUGCAUACGCUGCAAAGUCACACGAGGGGAAGACGACAAUCUACAACAGUUGGGGAACAGAAUGGAGACCAUUUGGCAACCCGCGACGCAAGCGUCCUAUCGAAUCGGUUGUGCUUGACGAGGGCGUCUCGGAGCGCAUUGUGGAUGACGUCCAAGAUUUCAUCUCAAGCUCUGCAUGGUACCAUGACCGUGGUAUCCCCUACCGACGUGGAUAUCUCUUGUACGGACCCCCAGGUACGGGUAAAAGCUCAUUUAUUCAGGCGCUCGCGGGUGAGCUGGACUACGACAUUGCGAUUCUGAACCUGAGUGAGCGUGGCUUGACUGAUGACCGGCUCAACCAUCUCUUGACCAUUGUUCCCAACCGAACUCUGGUUCUGCUAGAGGACGUGGAUGCCGCUUUCUCUAAUCGCCGAGUUCAAACCGACUCGGACGGUUAUCGCGGCGCGAACGUCACGUUCUCGGGCCUGCUGAAUGCGCUUGAUGGCGUUGCCAGCGCCGAGGAACGCAUUAUCUUCCUCACCACCAAUCACGUCGAGCGCCUGGACGAGGCCCUAGUCCGACCGGGGCGCGUAGACAUGACGGUGCGUCUCGGAGAAGUGACGCGCUACCAAGUCGGCCGGCUUUGGGAUCGCUUCUAUGAAGAUAUCGAUACCGAUGGCUCCAACAAAAAGAUUUUCCUCGAUCGACUUCAUCACCUUGGCUUGAUUGAGGACGAGCAAGGUCACAAAGCUGACCGAUCAAAGAGCACAAGCGCAGCAGCUCUGCAAGGACUGUUUUUGUACAACAAGGGCAAUAUGGAGGGGGCGAUCGCCAUGGCAGAGGGACUUACCUAUUCUGUGCAUGAUGAUGCUUCAGGGCAUGACCAGGGUCGAAACGACUAA